AUGUUUGUCAAUCUUGGUUUACUUUUCUCCCUCUCGCUUCUUCUUCUUCUUCUUCUUCCUUUUCACCCCCUUUCUGUCUCAUCUCAAAUUUACAGUAAUGUGAGCUUGGGAGAAUCUCUCUCUGCCGGGGGUAGAAUCUCUUCAUGGCUUUCUCCUUCAGGUGAAUUUGCGUUUGGGUUCCAAGCUAUCAACAAUCCGGAUGAUGCCUUCUUGCUUGCCAUCUGGUAUGAGAAAAUACUUGAGAAGACUAUAGUUUGGUAUGCAAAUGGAGAUAAACCAGCACCUAGAGGGUCAAAAGUUCAGCUUACCAUUAAUGGUGGCCUAGAGCUUAACAACCCUCAAGGAGAAGAAAUAUGGAGGGCUCAAUCCAUUCUUGGUGUCGUCACCUAUGCUGCAAUGCUUGACACUGGCAACUUUGUGCUUGUGGAUAGCAACUCUGUUCAUAUAUGGGAGAGCUUCAAAAACCCAAGUGACACCAUUCUCCCUACCCAGAUAUUAGAACUGGGUAGCAUGCUUUCUUCUCGACAACCAACCAAUUACUCCAAAGGAAGGUUCCAGCUCCGCCUGCUUACUGAUGGUAAUCUCGUUAUGAAUACUGUAGCAUUACCAACAAAUUAUGCUUAUGCGUCUUAUUAUGUACGCAACACUUCUGGUUCUGGUUAUCAAAUUGUCUUCGAUGAGAGUACAGCUACCAUUCAUAUUCAAAGCAGAAAUGGAAUCACAUCAUGGGACCUCACAAAUGGGAGCAUACCUUCGACCAAAACCCAUUACCACAGAGCAACCAUUGAUUUUAAUGGUGUUUUCACGCAAUAUACUCGUCCAAAGUCCUCUUCGAACAGCAGCAAUGGCUAUGAAAGUUGGUCCAUCAUCUGGUCUAUUCCUGCUGACAUAUGUUCUUCUAGUAGUCCAAAUGUGGGCGAAGGGACUUGCGGUUAUAAUGGAAUCUGCAAGCUUGUGCAAAAUCGACCUGUUUGUGAAUGCCCAACUCAAUAUAAGUUGAUUGAUCCAAACAAUACAUUGAGUGGCUGCAAACCUGACUUCAUACAACAAGGAUGCUAUGAAAAUGGAUCAGGAGAAUCCCCUGAGAUUUUGUAUAGGAUGGACGAGUUGCUUAACACAGAUUGGCCGAAUUCAGCAGACUAUCAAACGUUGACACCUUAUACUGAAGCAGAGUGCCAAUACUCUUGCUUGUAUGAUUGUCAAUGUGCCAUGGCCGCCUUCAAUUAUGAGCACUGUUGGAAGAAGGGCCUACCGGUUAGAAAUGGGAGACAGAACAGUGAUAACAGGGCGAAGGUUCUCCUCAAAGUCUCAGCAGGUAAUCCUCCUUUAGUUCCAGUAAAUCCUGGGUCAAAUCCUGAUGGAAAGGAGAAAGAUCAAGGUUUGUUCAGUGUUGUUGCAGCUGUGCUAUUAGGUAGCUCGAUAUUUUUCAAUUUAAUUUUUCUAGCUGCAAUUUUUAUGGGGGUUUUGAUGCAUUAUAAAAAACUAAAAGAAGACAAGGUACCAAAACCAACUUCUUUUGAAACAAAUCUGCAUUCUUUUACUUACAAAGACCUGGAGGAAGCUACAGAUGGAUUCAAGGAAGAGCUGGGAAGGGGAGCUUUUGGUGUUGUCUAUAAAGGGGUUUUGGGUUUGGAUUCUAAACUUGUAGCUGUAAAAAAGUUAGACAAAGUUGUACAAGAGGGAGAUAAGGAGUUUAAGACUGAAUUGAGAGCGAUUGGCCAGACCCAUCAUAAGAAUCUGGUCAAAUUGGUUGGAUUUUGUGAGGAAGGACAGCACAGGCUCCUGGUCUAUGAGUUCAUGAGCAAUGGCAGUUUAGCAAGCUUCCUUUUUGGAUCUCCAAGGCCAGAUUGGAACCAAAGAACCCAGAUUGCAUUCGGUAUUGCAAGAGGUCUUAUGUAUUUGCAUGAAGACUGUAGCAUCCCGAUCAUCCACUGCGAUAUAAAGCCUCAAAACAUACUUCUCGAUGACUGUUAUACAGCAAGGAUUUCUGACUUUGGAUUGGCCAAGCUUUUGAUGAAUGAUCAGAGUCGAACUCGCACAGCCAUUAGAGGGACCAAAGGCUAUGUUGCACCUGAGUGGUUCAGGCACAUGCCUAUCACAGUUAAGGUAGAUGUGUAUAGCUUUGGUGUCAUGUUAAUGGAGAUCAUCUGUUGUCGGAAAAGUGUUGAACUGGAAAUGGGUGAUGAUGAGAGAGCAAUUCUGACUGAUUGGGCCGAUGAUUGCUAUCGAGAAGGAAGGCUAGAUGCUCUGGUGGAGAAUGAUAUGGAAGCAAUGAAUGAUAUAGGAAAGCUAGAGAGGCUAUUGAAGGUAGCAAUUUGGUGUAUCCAAGAAGAGCCGUCACUAAGACCCACAUUGAAGAAGGUUGUACCGAUGCUGGAAGGAAUUGUUGAAGGUUCUAUUCCCCCACACCCUUAUCUUUUCAUCUCAGCUGUUGGAACUUAAAACAAUUCUCUUUUUCUUCAUCCAAGUAAUGUCUCACAACUCCUCUUAAUUUCGUUGCUUCAUCAUUUAUGUAGCAUUUAUUGUAUUAGUUUGUAAUUUUGAUAUCUAUUUUGUAAUCAAGUUUAUCUUAGUAUU